AUGAAGUGUUGGUGGAGGCCCGAUAUCAAGUGCAGAAAGUGUGGGAACAUGGGGCACAUGGAAAGAGUUUGCAAAUCCCAACAACCUGAAGCAUCAAAGGCACAAACCGAAGAAGAUGAAGAACAACUCUUUGUGGUCACAUGUUUUGCAUCUAAGAACAACUCAUCAGAAUCUUGGUUGAUAGAUAGUGGCUGCACCAAUCACAUGACUAAUAAUUUGGCUAUUUUUAUAGAGAUAGACAUGAGUUUUAUCUCUAAUGUAAGGAUUGGAAAUGGUCAGCUUAUUCCAGUUAAAGGAAAAGGCAUAGUGGCUAUUGAGAGUUUGUCAGGUUUGAAACAUAUAUAUGAUGUUUUAUAUGUGCCUGAUAUUGAUCAAAACUUGUUGAGUGUUGGGCAGCUCCUUGAAAAAGACUAUAAAGUCAUUUUCGACGAUAAGUGGUGCUUUAUUAAGGAUGCAUUGGGCAAAGAUGUAUUCAUGGUGAUGAUGAAGGCAAAGAGUUUCUCUCUAAAUUUAUUGGAGGAUGAACAGAGAAAUGACUAUGUGAAAGGUGUACCACUUCUUGAAGAAAAGUUGGCUGAUUGUGUAGCUUGUCAAUAUGGGAAGCAAAUCAGGAAACCAUUUCCUCAAACCACAUGGAGAGCAUCUCACAAGUUGCAGCUGGUACAUUCAGAUGUUGGAGGACCUCAAAGAACAUCAUCUUUAAAUGGAAGUGAUGAGAAGCCGGUGAAUGUUUUUAAAGCUGAUAUGUUCAAAACAUUUGAGAUGACAUACCUUGGUUUGUUGUCCUAUUUUCUGGGUAUGGAGGUGAAACAAGGCACUGGAGAAGUUUUCAUAUGCCAACAGAAAUUUGCAAAAGAAAUUCUCAAAAAGUUUCACAUGGAAGAUUGCAAAGAAAUCAGCACACCAAUGAAUCUGAAAGAGAUAUUAAGCAAAGAAGAUGGAGCUGAAAAAGUUGAUGAAGGAUUGUACAGGAGUCUGAUUGGUUGCUUGAUGUAUCUCACAGCCACAAGACCAGAUAUAACUUUUGUCGUAAGUCUAUUGUCAAGGUUUAUGAAUUGUGCUAGUAAAAUCCAUUUUGUAGCUGCUAAGCGUGUGCUAAGAUAUGUUAAGGGCACAACUGAUUACGACAUCAAGUAUUCUGUUCUUUACAAUUUCCAGCUUCAAGGGUGCCAUAAUUUUCAAUUCCAAGGUUUUUCUGACAGUGAUUGGGCAGGUUCUAUUGAUGAUAUGAGAAGCACAACUGGUUAUUGUUUCAGUUUUGGCUCAGGUGCUUUCUCAUGGAGUUCUAAAAAGCAAGAUGUAGUGGCUCAAAGCACUGCGAAAGCUAAAUUUAUUGCAGCAAAUGCUGCAGUGAAUCAAGCAAUUUGGAUUCGAAAAAUUCUUGAAGAUUUGCACAUGAAACAAACUGAGCCAACAGAGAUCUUUGUAGACAAUCAAACAACCAUUGCAAUAUCAAAAGAUCCUGUUUUUCAUGGAAAAACGAAGCACUUCAACAUCAGACUUUAUCACUUGAGGGAGAAGCAGAAGGAUGGUGAAAUCAACUCCGGCGUCGGGCGCCGGCGCUGGCGACGGCGGGUAGCCUUCCUCUGCAGUGGCGGCGACGGAGAGAAGACAGAGCACCACCAGAACGACUGA